CAUGAGUGUGGGGGUGCAUGGCACAGUAUAAGGUACCUGACCAGCAAAGGAGGAAGCUAGAUCCUAAGGCACAGUGGGGGAUCUUCCUUGGGGUUUCUGAGAGGAGCAAGGCUUGGGUGCUAUGGAGUGUAGCUGACCAGCGUGUGAUGGAGAGCCGUGAUGUGAUUUUCCAUGAGGGGCUGAAUUAUAAGGGGUGGAAGGAGCGUGGUGCAAGCCAUAGUGGGACUUCCAAUCAAGACCCUCAUACAGCCUCUAUCUUUGAGGGGGCAUGGGAGGACCCUGGAGAUGAAGGGGAGGAGCAGCAGGAGGAGCCAGAACCAGCUGAUUCUAACCAUGAGGAGUCCCGAGAGACAGAUUCUACCCCUCAGCCAGCCACGCAGGCCGAUGCGCAUGAUGAUCAGCCAGAGCAGCAUGUGCCUUCAACUCCAUCGAGAAGCAGUUGGCAGCAGUUGUUGAACCAGCAGCUGUCCAAGACUCCAAGGACUCCAAUGAAGAGGGUGACUUGGGAGGAGAAGCUGCAGAGGCUGGAAGAAGGAGAGGCAACACCUCUGCGACGCAGUGCUCGAAUUUCCCAGCCACCUGAAAGGUUUACCCCGGGGCACAUUGCACGCAUGCAUGAUCAUCUUGUGUCUGAUUUGGAUGAUUGCAUGCUUGUGGACAUGCAUGGGCAUGAGUAUGCUCUUGAUGUGUGUCUAAUGGGUCAGGUACAUGAGCCUAGGUCAGUCCACGAGGCGCUGAACCGUCCCGAAUGGGUUGAGUCCAUUUAUGGGCUGAAGCAAGCCCCACGACAGUGGUACCUGAAAUUUGAUGAGGCUCUCAUGGAUUUUGGGUUUGAGAGAUCUGAGUGUGACCCUGCCUUGUACCACUUUGUGAGAGAUGAGGAGAGGAUCUCCUUAUUCCUCUAUUCCUUUGGUCUUUCAGAGGCCAACCCCGUGCGUACUCCUCUGCCGACAGGCUUUGAUGUGCAUGCCUAUGAGGAUGAACCUUUGCUGCGAGAUGAGCUGGUCAAGCUCUACCAAAGCAUUGUGGGAUCCCUCAUGUAUGCUUGUACUACCACACAGCCGCAGAUUGCAUUCGCAGUCUCACAGCUAUCUAAGGUCGCCUCUUCUAUCUCUUGGCAGAGCAAGAGGCAGCCCGUGGUGGCACUCUCUACCACUGAGAGUGAGUACAUAAGUCUGUGUCAGUGCAUUCAGGAGGGUGUGUGGCUGAGGCGUUUGUUUGGGGAGUUUGGCCAUGCUCAUACUGGUGGUGUGCCUGUGUUUGUGGACAAUCAGUCUGCCAUUGCCCUUGCACGGAAUGCAUGCUUGCAUGGCCGCACCAAACACAUGCAGGUCCGGUGGCAUUUCAUUCGGGAGAUGGUGGCUGCGGGAGAGGUGAUUUUGCAGUGGUGCCCCACCAACCGUCAGGCUGCUGAUAUCCUUACCAAGGCUCUUCCAUUUGAGCGCCAUGGUGUGUGCAUGACCUUGCUCGGGAUGCAGCCCCAUGAUGACCGGGUUCCCGCAGCAGAUGCCGGCGUCUUGGUGCUCCUCUCCUUGGCGGACUCCAUGCUCUGGGUGGCCCCAACCCAUGGGCAAGGGGGAGUGGUGUGAAGUCUUUUGCCCUAUGGUGUUGAGCCACACCCAGCACGAGCAAGGGGGAGUGAUAAAUGUGUAUUAUUCUG